AUGGCGUUCUUGCACGGGGUUCUCAGUGGAGUGAAGGAGGAUGAUAACGUUACGAAAUAUGAUAAAGAUGAUGAUAUUAAUAGCAUUAUUGACACUUUACAUGAUAAUGUAGGUAAUGGCCGUGAGGCCUUCGGUGACGCCGUGGAUAAGGUGGACGAAAAAAUCAAGAAAGUUACUGGACCUUUAGAUAAGCUUUUAGAAGGCGGCGAUGAAGUUAAUUUCAAGAAAAUUCCGCAGUUGAUUCAAGACAUUCAAGGGAUGCAAGGCAAGACGUAUGAUGAAGACCGUAAAGGUCUGACGGAGAAGACUCAAGAGUCACUUAACGCACUUAAUAGCGUAGACAAACAGCUUUCUAAUAAGUUGCAUCCUCACGUAAAAUUGAUGCAUAAUGCUGUUGGCACUUUUAGGCAGAAUGCUGAUGAGGACCAUGAGGGGCUGAAGACUGUCUGCCAAAAGGCGGACAGCGAGUUUCAGACGUUGAAUGAUAAUGUUGAGCGGGGGUUCAGCGAUGUUACUUCUAAACUCUAUUUUGAUAUUGACACUCUCAAGCACAAUGUGGCAAACAAACAUAAAACAGCGUUGGAGGCGUCCAUUCAGACAGCGAAGCAGACGCUGGUGGCAGCAGAGAGUAAGGCUAAGAAGUACGUGAGUGGGACGUUUAUAAUUAACAAACGAUCUCACUUCGACGAUAAAUUUAAGGCGAUAGAACAGUUGCUUGCGGAUAUCAAGCACGAUGGGACGUCUGUUGCCUCAGGCAGAGAGUCUAAACUACGUGUUGUAGUCAACUCAGUCAAGGAAGGCAUUGAAGCCUUAGACGGGGAACUGAACUCUGGUGCCAGGCAGAUGGGUGAUGCAAUAGAGAAAGCUGUGCGUGAUGUUGGCGUUGCCCUUGGUCAGUUGGAUGAGAAGGUGCAGGCGGAUUUGCACAGGCUGUUAGGUAGGAUUGAAGCUGCGAUAAAAGGGUAUGUUACAAAACAGGUGGAGGCUAUAAUAACCGGUAUUAAAAGUGUUGAGUAUUAUAGCCAUGGAAAUAAUAAAGGUGUUAAAGCGUUAGAGGACGCUCUGAAAGGAAGUGCUCUGCAGGAGCUGCUUAGACAAUCCAAGGAUACAAAUGGUUUUGGUGGUUCUUUAGAGGGAGCCUUGUAUAGUCUUCAGCAGGCAGCGAUGAAGGUCACAGGACAAGACGAUGUGAAUUCAAUCGACCAGCAUCCCGAAGUUAUUAUCAGCGCCCUUUUCAGCGAUAUUAACAGAAAGGUUGGUAAGAAAUUCAACAACGCCCAUAGAAAGCCCGAGAAUGUCCCAGAUCUCAUGGAAAAUUAUCACAAGUGGGUGACUGGCAAAAAUGGUGCGGAAGCCAAUUCCCUCAAAACCAAAAUUGACGAAAUUAAAAAGAGCCUUGGAAGGUUCUUCAACAGAGGCGAAAACAUAGAUGGUAAUUCGGAAUUCAACCUUGGCGUAGAUGGCAAAUUUUCCGCUUAUCACAAAAAAAGGCAAGCCGCCGUCACCUCCAUCACCAAGAUCCUAUCCAAUAUCGAGACGCUUGAAAAAAUUCCGGAGGCUGUUAAACAAGCCAGGAACAGUGUUGAGGGAUUUCUCAAUGAGAUUAAUCAGAACUUUAAAGAUCUUAAUACCCAAGUUCAAGAGACUAUCAAAACUCUUGAACAGGCCUUGCGAAAUUUGACUUACAUGAUCCAAGACAUCAACGCAGAAAUCGAUAGUGUCCACGCCAAUGUGAAAGAAGCCCUCCAAAAAUUCCACGGAGAGUACAUAAGAGACUCCAAAAAUGCUCUUACCAACCUAAAAAAAGAGGCCCUCCAACAGUACGCGGAGUCCAAGAUAAAGGAGCUUGAGAACCUGAUAGCAUUAGUUACAGAGCACAAUGCUAAGAUCGAUAAAAUAAUCGACGAAGACAAAAGGAGCAGCACAAAAGGCUUACUAAAGUGGAUGAAAGGUGAUGCAGAUUAUAAGUUAGAAAACAUACAGCAAAUUGUACCUGCGCAGCUUAAGCCAUCACAGCAUUCCGAAAAGUUUAAAACAUUGUCCGAGAAACUACAACCGUACCUUGAUAAAUUAUUAGACUAUAUAAAACACCACGUUAUGAUUCCAGGGGAGCGUCCAUCACCAACCGAGCAAUCCCAGUUGGUGUCGAGCAUUAAGACCAGACUGGACACUUUACUGGAAUACCUUAAAAACCAUAAUGAUAGACAAGUGAAAAAUAAUACCGUAAAAAGAAUUCAUACAUUUGACGAUGUCUCCACAAGAUACCUUACCGAAUUAAAUGAUUCCAUCUCCGCCCUCUCCCCUUCCAACUUCCACGGCUUCCACAAUCCGCUGCUCCUCGACGCCCUCAAGGCCGGCAUGACGCAAUUCACCGAGCAACUCUCACACGCGUACGUGAACGCUUAUAGCGGUCAAAAACGUACAGAUGACUGGGUGAAAGAGGAAACAAAAAUGGUGGACGAUCAACCACAAAAAAUUACAGUCCUCUCCACCGAGGGCCGCAACUGCGCCAAGGUCUGCCUGACCAUACUGGAGAUGAUGCGUUAUGAUUUCAAUGAUUUACUCAGUGGAUGUUCCGAGAGUGCUAGUAUACAAAUUAACUUAUACAAUAACCAGAAAUUAGGCCGCUGGUUCAGGAAGCGCGGUUUCAAGGUGAAUUCCGAUUCAGGAAAACAGCACGGUGAAUUGCAAGAUAAACAGAGUAUGAGGGGGACGGAAAUAAAAACAUUGCUCAACAAGAAUAUUGUUGGCGCUUCCGGCAUUGAGGUCCUCAAAAUGUGGAAGCAAGAGUGGAUGAAAGAACAGGAUGAGAAAAAGUCUUAUAGCAAGCAGCAAGGCGGCACUCUCAUUACACAUAAAACAGUAUAUAACACAGAACAUAUUAACCUUCUCGACAUUAUUCGUUUCCUGAAGGUACCACUUGGAGCAUAUUACCGUUCCUCUCACCACUUCCUCCCUCCAAAGCCCCGAUCCCCGUCCAAUGUAUAUCAGAUGCUCCAAUGGCUUCUCGGAUUGUAUUUCAAUCCGAUGUAUCAGAAGCUGGAAGCGCACAUUGCCCAAUUGUUUGCUGGUCUAAAGGCGCAGUAUAAGUUAGAACAUCCACACUUAGAUGUCACCGUACCGGACGAUUUAAAAAAGUAUAUUCAUUCACCUCUCAGCUCUGAGCAAUUGACCACUGUACUUCGCAACGUGUGUCUGUAUUCCGAAGACACGCUGACUGCCUUCCUCGGGCGUGGCCACGCAGACGGCCGGUACGCCGUUGAGUUUUACACAAACUCAGAUCAAUUAUUGUAUCCUACUAGCGUCGGUACAUGUUUUGACAUGUUGGUAGAUACAUCAUUUAGAGUCUAUAAUCAACUCCGUUUUGUAUAUAAACAGUGUAACAACGGGACUAAGAGCGGUGGUUGGAAUGACUGCUGGUAUGGUCAACAUGUCGGCGGUUCCUCAUGGAACUGCAACACAAAGCAAUGUGCCAACCAAAACUGUCCCCAAAUAGCUAACCAAAAGACCAACCAAAGCGCUGACCAACGCUGCGAUCAACACCCUAUCUGCGGUGUGAAAUCUCCACUCAAUCGUUCCUUGAAGAUGGGUUACCAGGCUUUCUACCUCAUUCAUUUAAAACACCUGGUUGUAAGCUUACGUGUACAGUGUCCAACCACUUUGGAAAGCCGUGUCUCACUCCCAUGGGCUUUGCCGAUAUUAGCAAUGUAG